GAGAAGCACGCAGCAAAUUGAAUUUAGUCGUUUACGUCACUUUGUAGCGAUUUUCACCAAACUAAGCAUGUUUCGGCCCAUAGUUUCAUAUAAUGCCAUUUUCACCGAUCAACUUUAGUUGAUAAUACGUAUUGUAAAGUGCAGUAUCUUAACCAGCUACAUUUUAAAUGGUAAAUCGAAAUAAUAUAUUUGAAAGGCAAACGCUUAUUUUCUUGACUGUUUAGACUGCAAACGUUAACUUCACAUGGCUUCUGUCCUGAAUGUUCAAACCCUACAGGGUUUAAGAAUAUUUCAACAGUCCGUGUCCUGCAAUGUUCUUUUAUCUCAUCUUAGGAAAUUGAUAUGGACCAAAGGAUUUGUGCGGUUUGCCUCAAUUGGGCAAGGCAGGAUAGAAAAAGUCCUCAUUGCCAACAGAGGAGAAAUCGCCUGCCGUGUGAUGCGAACAGCAAAGAAGAUGGGUGUGCGCUCUGUGGCAGUAUACAGUGAUGCAGAUCGUCAUUCCAUGCAUGUGGCCAUGGCAGAUGAGGCCUAUAACAUUGGGCCAGCCGCAUCCCAGCAGAGUUACUUGUCCAUGGAGAAAGUCAUGGAGGUUGCCAAGAGAUCUGGAUCACAUGCUGUCCACCCAGGAUAUGGCUUCCUGUCAGAGAACACAGAGUUUGCUGAGGCAUGCAAACAGGAGGGUAUCAUCUUUAUUGGCCCUCCAUCAUCUGCUAUCAGAGACAUGGGUAUCAAAAGUACAUCAAAAUACAUAAUGUCAGCUGCGGGUGUUCCUAUCAUCGAGGGUUACCACGGAGAGGACCAAUCGGAUGAGAAGCUCCAAGCUGAGGCUGUCAGGAUAGGCUACCCAGUGAUGAUAAAGGCUGUGCGUGGCGGGGGUGGUAAAGGAAUGCGCAUUGCACACACCGCUGAAGACUUCCAUGAGCAGCUUGAGUCUGCGAGACGAGAGGCUCGCAAGUCCUUCAAUGAUGAUGUAAUGCUAGUGGAGAAAUUUGUAGAGGACCCCAGACAUGUGGAGGUCCAGGUUUUUGGGGACCAGCAUGGAAAUGCUGUCUACCUGUUUGAGAGGGAUUGCAGCGUGCAGAGAAGGCACCAGAAGAUCAUUGAGGAAGCACCAGGUCCUGGAAUUAGCAAGGACGUGAGGCGGAAACUGGGUGAGGCAGCCGUGAGAGCAGCCAAAGCCGUCAACUAUGUGGGAGCAGGCACUGUGGAGUUCAUCAUGGAUGCACAGCACAACUUCUUCUUCAUGGAGAUGAACACACGUCUGCAGGUGGAGCACCCUGUGUCUGAGAUGAUCACUGGUACUGACCUGGUAGAGUGGCAGCUCAGGGUGGCUGCAGGCGAGAGGCUGCCCCUCCUGCAGGAGGAGAUAGAACUGAUGGGCCAUUCGUUUGAGGCCAGGAUAUACGCUGAGGACCCCAACAACGACUUCCUCCCUGGGGCAGGACCACUCCUUCAUCUGUCUACACCCCUGGCAGAUGAGUGCACACGCAUCGAGACAGGCGUCAGGGAAGGAGAUGAAGUGUCAGCCCACUACGACCCCAUGAUCGCUAAACUGGUGGUGUGGGGAGAGGACCGCUCUGCUGCUCUGAGGAAGCUCAGAUACUGCUUACGUCAGUACAACAUUGUAGGCCUCAACACCAAUAUUGACUUCCUGCUGAGUCUGUCUGGCCACCCAGAGUUUGAGGCAGGGAAUGUGACCACCAGCUUCAUCCCCCAGCACUAUGAGCAGCUGUUCCCCAAGCCCAGCCCUCCCUCCAGGGCCACACUGUGUCAGGCUGUCCUGGGCCUGCUGCUCAGAGAGAGGGCCAGCACUCAAACCUUCAGAGACCAGUCCAACGAUCCCUUCUCUCCUUUUGCCUCCAGUAACGGCAGGAGGGUGAACAUCCUAUAUAGUAGGAAUAUGACGCUCCAGCUGGGUGAAACUAAAGUGGAAUUAACGGUUACAUAUAAUCCAGAUGGGACCUACUCUAUGGAGAUUGGAGGGGAAGUGUUCCAGGUGUCAGGGGAGGUGGAGACAGAAUUCCUGCACUGCUCUGUGAACGGGGUGAAGUCCCGGACCAAACUGGUCAUCCUGGAUAACACAGUACACCUCUUCUCUAUGGAGGGUAGUGCGGAGGUGAGCAUUCCAGUGCCCAAGUUCCUGGCUGGUGUGAGCACAGGAGCACAGGGAGGAGCUGUGGCACCCAUGACUGGGACCAUUGAGAGGGUGCUGGUGAAGGCAGGAGACACAGUGCAGAUGGGAGACUCCUUGAUGGUGAUGAAUGCCAUGAAAAUGGAGCACAUCAUCCGAGCACCCAAAGCUGGAGUCAUCAAGAAGGUGUUUUUCAAGGAUGGCUCCCAGGCCAACCGACACGCAGCCCUGGUAGAGUUUGAGGAGGCCGCUGAGGAGGAAUAAUCGAAUCCUUAUUUGUAAACUUUAAGACUAAGUUACUGUAGAAAUCAAAUGAGGCAUUUUAAAAUUCAACCGGAAGGGUUGAUGCAUUUUCUACAGGAGUAGCAAACUGCUGUACAAUCCUAAGGGAACACUGUACAGUUGCCAGAAAAUUGCCUUCAUGUUUUGUGGCAGAAAUGUGUUGAUAUUUAACAAUACUGGUAUAUUUGCCUAGGUUUUUUUUCUAAUCCAAAUUUUCUGAUGGCUGUGCAGAAGUCUGGCUUUUGUACUGUUUUCCUUUUGCAGACUGCCAUCAUUGAAGUCGUUUGUAGUGUUGUCAAAAUGAAGGGUGAUGUUAAAAAAAAAGUCAGUGAUUGGUUUUUCUCUAACCAAUCAGAAUUUUCAAACUGCCACUUUACCAUCAGUUUCUGGGACCAAUUAGAUGGUCGAGAAUGGAUUUCUAUUCGGGGAGUUACUCAGAUCGACUCAUUGUGGAGAAGGGCAUGGCGUCGCAUUUGGCCAGGCAAUUUUCUUCAAGCUUCAGUUUUGUACAUGCUGCCACAUCUUCUAUAGCCUGGUCCCAGAUCUGUUUGUACUCCUUGUCAACUUGGCAUAUCACAAACAGACUGGCACUCAGGCUACAUUUUAGUCUUGGAAAUCCCAGACCUAGGGCAACAUUGUGGGAGCCUAGCUACAUCUCAUGAUUAAGAUUCAAUCCAGGAUGGGAAAUUACAGUAAGGGUUAUUCACCGAUAACUGCCUCCCCUUACAGGCCUACCUUGUAUUGGUUACUUUAGUCCAUAAAACUAGUACCAUGGCAGAGAUGACCUAUCAUUAAACAACCAAUUUGAGAGAAAGUUGGUGCUGAAAUCAGUCAGGGUUAUAAAGUGUUGAAUCCCCCCAAGCACACACUCCUGACAACUUGUUUGUGGUAAGUUAUGUCUGCUAACCUGUGUGCUGUCAUCCAUUCAAUAGUGAGCUUAUUUGUUAUUGAUGUGUUGCCAAAUUAAAUUUUUCUAAAAGAUCAUUUCAUAGAAA